AUGUCGGUCGUGUUUUCAAACGUGACGAUGAGGAAGAUAUUCACUUUUGGAGUAUUGGUCGCCGCGACAACCGCAGUCCCGGUGGUGGACAAGCCUCAUCCUCCAUAUCUUGGUGAUUUAAGAUGGGAAGCAUCCAGGACUCCGUCAAACUGGUCCAAUUUGAGCGUUGAAACGAGAACUGGGACGUUCAUUGGUAGCUUCAAUGAAAGCUAUCCCAAUGUUCGACAGUUUCUGCGAGUUCCGUUUGCCCAGGUACGGGUCCCAUCCGAGAAAGAAGAAGUGUGCCCUUUGUAUAACCGUUUGAGCCUGUCCCAGCCCCCUGUUGGUGAUCUCCGUUGGAUGCCUCCACAAAAGGUUCCACCUUCGAGGAAGAGGUAUGACGCGACCAUGUACGGGCCCGUCUGCCCACAGUAUGUCCAAAGCCAGGAUUCAUUCUGGAAAGAUUACGAGCCCGCUAGUUCCGUGCUCAAUCUUGGGGAGAACCGCACUCAGGGAUCGGUGGCCUGGUCCUCGGCUGAAGACUGUCUGUCCAUCGCCAUCUGGACUCCCGCCAACGUGAGCAAAGCAUCCAAGCUUCCAGUAGCGUUGUUUGCAACGGGGGGAGCAGGUUUGGAAGGGGGCAUCACGAUUCCCGCUCAUCUGCCCACUCAGUGGGUGUCGCGGUCUCAGGAGCAUAUCGCAAUUACUAUGAACUACCGAGUGAAUAUCUUUGGCAACCCCAAGUCCCGAGCCCUCCCGGAGACUUCGCUCAGCUUACUGGAUAUGAGGGCUGCAGUUGAGUGGGUUUACGAGAACAUCGAGGCCUUUGGAGGAGAUCCAGACAAUAUCUUCCUCUGGGGCCAGUCGCAGGGAGGCGCGUUAACGCACAUAUACACCCUCGCAUUUCCGGACAAUCCCCUCGUAGCAAGUUAUGGCAUCAUCUCACAGGAGCCCGGUACGACGCUCGAUCUCUCGACGACGAGCGAUCCCUAUCGAGAUUUUGACAUUGUGGCCAAGGCUCUCGGCUGCAACUACGGCGACGACGCUGAGGCCGAGCUCAACUGCAUGCGCAUGCUCUCCUGGGUUCAGAUUGAAGAAUACAUCAAUCGCUACACAGGCACGCCCCCGAUAUCUUUUAUGGCCUAUAUCCCUGAUGAAAGAUACAUCUUCGCCAACGAAACCUUGCUCUAUCUGGAGGGCAAGGUAGCGAAGGGCCCAGCUAUCCGCUCAUUUGCAGCCCGCGAGAUCGCGGUCGAUAACAAUAUUACCUCGUCGCAAGCUGACGCGCGACAGUGGGCGUGUCUGGCAGCGUCGGACACUGCGUUGCGGUUUUCACACGGCCUCCCUACGUACCGAUACUUCUGGGCUGGUAAUUUCUCCAACAUCAGUCCCGUCCCUUGGUUGGGGGCCUUCCACUACUCCGAUUUAGUCAUGAUCUUCGGCACCUAUGUGAAAAGCGUCGGGGAGAUAUCCCAGCUCGAGAUCGACACUUCGAACACCAUGCAAGACUUUUUGCUCGCUUUCGUCAAGGACCCAUCUACAGUCUCACAGGUGGUUGGCUGGCCUCUGUUCAAUCCCAACGAACCGAAUGGGGGCCUGAUCGUCGAGUUCGGCAAGGAUGUUCCUGCAAAGAACAUUACUGGGCACUACGUGGAUGGCGGAUGCUACGACUCUUCGAUUGCAUUCAAAGUGGAUGGGUGA